AUGGGGUGGUGGCCCGACAGCAAGCGCUUUUGGCUCUACUGGCGUGUGGAGUGGGCCCGAAGCUGGCUGCCGCAGAACAUGUUCCACCUCCAGAACAAGCGGAUCCUGGUCACCACCAUCCUGCGAGACCCCGUGGAGAGGAUCCGAUCAUACUACUACUACCAGAACCCAAAGGGCAACCAUUCGCUGUUCUUGGACUUCCUCCAUUUCCGGAGAGACUACGUGGCGGGCAACUGGACCAUGGCUGGGUUUGAGGAGCAGGCGAAAACACCUAAGGGCGCCAGCACGUUCUCGAUCCUUCACCGCUCCUGCUGUGAGUAUGAGACCUGGCUGGGGCAGGGCUGCGUGGAGAAGGCAAAAAUCACGCUCGCCACGCAGUUUGAUCUCGUCGGGAUCACCGAGCGCAUGAAUGAGGCAAUCGUCAGCCUGGGCAAGCUCUAUGGAAAGACGGCUGAGGAAAUGGCCGCGAUCGGCCAGCACGUGGACAGGGACAAGGACAACUCGGGCGUCAAGUUGGACUGGACCGACGAGGAAAAGUCCCUGGCGACCUACAUCGCCAACAAGAGCACUCAAGUCUACAACUUCGCACAGGAGGCAGCUUGCUAG